AUGGCAAAUUGCCAACUAAAUAUAGAUAUCUUUAGAAGAAAAAGUGAAUCUAAUGGACAAAAAAUUAUUGGUUCAAAUGACACUGUUAUAGCAGCUGAGUUACCUUGGGGUGGUAUUAAAAUUAUUCCUUCUAUGGUAAUUGAUUAUACAGAAAAUCCUGGAAAAUUUGUUGGACAAACAUUACUAUUAGAAAUAUUUUCAACUUUUGAGAGAAAAAUUCAAAAAAUAUUAGAUGAUGAUCCUUUAGAAAAAUUACUUAGUAAAUCAUUUAAAAGAUCUGAUGAUCCACAUUUUGAUAAUUUAUUAAAAUCAUUAGGAUCAGUUGCUGAAAAAGCUUUACCAUCUAUUUUAAGAUCUUUAAUAUCAUGGUAUGAUGCUAAAGUUAUGGAAUUUGAUGAAGAAACAAUAGAUUGGAAAAAUAAAAGUGGCAAAAAAUUUCUUGCAACAACUUAUUUCUUUUUUAUUGUUUUAAUUGAAGUUUUACCACAGUUACAUUUUUAUCCACAUGAAUGUAAUGGUAUUGUUGAAGCAAUAUGUUGUAUAGCUUUUAAACGUGCAGAAUAUCAUGAUAUAACAUUAUUUGGUCCAAAUGGUAAUAAUAAUCAUACAGUUUCUGAGACUGCUGCUGAAGUUAUUGGAGUUCUAUCACAUAGUCAUUUUGAUAUGAUAAAAGAAAAAUUUCUUGUUAAACUUAUUGAAUUAAAAAAAGAAAGUCCAAUUACACGAUUGACUGUAGAAAAAAUAACAGCACUUAUUUUAUCAAUGAAAUAUUUUAGAAUUAAAAUAAAUCAAGUAAAUGAUUUAGAAGCAGGAUUUGCUUUUUUAAAUGAAAUUGCUAAUGAUUAUUUAGAAACAGAGAUAAAACAAAAAGAAUUAAAACAUGCUUAUGCUGGUCUUCUUGUUGAAAUAAUUGUUCCUGUUGCUGCAGCAAUAACUAAAGAAGUAAAUGUUCCUUUUGUUAUAUCAUUUGUUGAUAAACUUUAUGGACCAACAUAUGAUUUAGUUAAUAAAAAACAACAUAAAUAUGCUGUUUUUCCUUUAUUAACAUGUUUAUUAUGUAUCUCACAACAAAAAUUUUUUCUCGCUAAUUGGACACAAUUUUUGAAUAUAACAUUAGCUAAUUUAAAAAAUAAAGAAGUUAGGGCAUCAAGAAUAGCUCUUGAAUCAUUGUAUAGAUUGUUAUAUGUAUAUAUUAUUAGAAUUAAUGGUGAGGGUAAUACUACUACAAGAACACGUUUAGAACAAAUUUGUAAUUCAAUAUUUCCUAAAGGAAAUAGACAUGUAAUUCCUAAAGAUGCUCCAUUAAAUAUUUUUGUUAAAAUUAUUCAUUUUAUCUCACAACAAAAACUUGAUUUUGCUUUUAGAGAUAUAAUUAUGGAAUUGUUAGGAUGUAAUAAACAUUCAAGAAAUCAGGUAUUAUAUCCAGAAAGAAUGAAUAUUGCUUUAAGAUCGUUUAUGGUAGUUGCUGAUGCUGUUGAAACUAAAGAAGGUCCACCAUCUUUACCAAAAACUUUACCACCUAUUGCUUCUGGAACUAUUGUUAAAAAUAAAAAAACUUACAUCACACAUCCAUUAACUGAAGAUUUGGCAAAAUCUAUAGGAUUAGAAGCAUACUUAUCAUCAUGUAGAAAAGCUUUUGAUAAUAUACUUCGUCUUUUAGACAAAGAAGUAGGUAGACCAUUUAUGUUACAUAUAGCUCAUAUAAGUAGAAAAGAACCAGAAGAAAUGCUUGGUGGUGAUUCUCGUCCUAAACUUGAUUUAUUUAGAACAGCAAUGGCAGCAAUACCAAGAUUAUUACCAGAAACUAUGGCUCAUACAGAUCUUUUAGAUAUUCUUAGUCGAAUGACAAUACAUAUGGAUUCUGAUUUAAGAGAAUCAGCUGGUCAAACACUUCAAACACUAAUGACAGAAUGUUCUGAUUGGCGUGAAGAUAUUAUACAUACAUAUCUAAAAUUUUGUAUAGAAUAUGUUCAUGAUUCAGCUCAUAAACUUAUUGAAAUGGUUACUCGUAAUAUUUUUCAAUUUCUAUAUACAUGGAAAAAUUUAUUAAGUAUUAAUGAUAAUACAUUAGAAAAUAAAAAUAGAAAUGGUAUAGGAUUAAAUAUAAAACCACCUAAAAGACCUGAUCUUAAUAUAUCAUCAGGGCAAAAAAAAAUUCUUCAAAUGGCAACAUCAAAUGAUUCAACAGCUGUUGCUUUACAUUCAGUUGAAGGAUAUGCUUUAACAUUAUUAUGUCAAUUUAAAAUUUUUAAUCGAAAAAUGGCAUAUACAUUACUUAAAGAAGUUAAAGGAAUUCUAGCACUAUUACCUUCUGGCACACAUGAUAAAUCAGUAUUAGAAGUUUUAGAUGAAGUUACACCAUAUGUUUAUAGUAAAUAUAUUGAACAUACAACAGCAAAUGAAAAACAAACGUGGUUACCUGAUUUUUUUACAGCACUUGAUAAAUUAGCUACACUUGAACCUGAUAAUUGUUUAAUUAAUUCAGAUAAAGGUAAUGAAUAUUUUAAAUGGGAUCCAUGGGCAACAGCUUUAUCAGGAUAUUGUGAAUAUCGUUUUAUUCCAUUACAAUGCCCUACAGCUACAGCACAUGCUUGGCCAACACUUUAUCAAAGAUUAACAACUAUAACUCCUUUCAUUGAUCCUGCUAAUCCACAAAAUGAACAUCGAGCUUCUUUGUUAAGAUCUUCUAAAUCAAAAGCAACAAUACCUUCAAUUGCUGGAGAACAACUUAAUCAACAUCAUUAUUUAUCAUUAUGGCAAAAAUAUCUUGUUAUGUGUUGUGCUUUAACUCAACCACCUGAUUAUACAAUAACUCCUAUAACUAGAUCAUUUUCUCCAUCUGUUUCUAAUGAAACUGACUUUGCUAAAUUUCUUCAAACAUCUAUAAGAUUAUCUAAAAUAUCAAAUAUAACUUGUGUUAAUUUAUUUCAAAAAAUUAUUAAUAUUCUUAGGUGGGAUAAUAUGACAGAUAUGAGAGAUAGUGUUGUUUUAGGACUUGGGUCAAUAAAUCCAAUAUGUUUUGAGAAUCUUCUUGAAGAACUUCAUAAAGUUGGUAUUUUUAGAGAAGUUUUAGAAAGAAAACUUGAAAGUAAUGUAAGGAGAAGAAAAAGACGUGAUCUUUUAAGAAUACAAAUUUUAAGAGUAAUUGAAGUUGCAAUAUUUAGGGGAGCUUUAUCAUAUUCAAAUCUUCUUGAUACACAAACUGGUCAAUUAUCAAAUGUUAUAAUUGAUUUUCUUGAUUCUAUUCAUCAUAAUUUAUUAAUUGAUCCAGAUCGUGAUGCAGGUAUCCUUAAUAGUCUUAGUAUUCAUUUUGCAAAAACAAUAACAUUACUUAUUAGUGAAGUUCCUCCUGAUGCAAGGAAGAAUUUGAUUCCAAAUGAUAAAAGAAGAAAUAUUUAUUAUUUUUUUUAUAAUUGGUGUAGUAGUAUCAUUGAUCCAUCAGAUAGAAGAAAAGUUAAUGAUGUUGGUAUUCAUGUUGUAUAUAAAUCAUUAUAUGCUUUAUGUGCUACAUUAUGUUGUGGACAGGUAUUAGAAGCACCAAGAGUUCUUGCUGAAAGUAGUCAUUUAUUUUCUUUACUUGAAUCAUUGAUGUCAUCUCAAAAUGCAACUGUUCAAUCUAUUUGUGAAGAAACAUUAUCAUUAAUGAUUCAUUUAAAUGAUCAAUCAUCAGUUCUUUUAGAUUGGUGUAUAAGAAUGUGUUUUACAAAAAAUGACCAAACUUCUGGAAGAUGUUUUAGAGCAUUAGUAAAUGUAUUUUCAAAAAGAGAAUAUCCAUGUGAUUUUAUUUUAUUAUUAGUUUUAUGUCAAACAUUUACUAAUGAUUCUGAUUCAAGUGUUCGUGACUCAGCAAUAUAUUUAUUACAAAUAUUAAAACAACAAUUUUUAGAUGAAUCAUUUUUAUCUACUUCUUUAAAUAAUUCAAAAUUUAGUGAAAUUAGUGAUGAAGAUAAUCAUAAAAAUUAUCAAUAUAUUAAAGAUUGUUCUAUUAAGCAAAUGACAAUGUCAAAACAAUUAUCCUUAUCUUAUGCUCAAUUAACAAUGCCAAUAAUUUCAGAAGUUUUUCAUAGAUUUGAAAAAGCUACAUAUUCAAAAAGAGCAUCAAUGCUUAAUCUUCUUUUACCAUGGAUAGAAAAUAUUGAAUUAGUUGAUUCUAAUUGUGAAAUAAUACAAUAUUCAUCAGAUAUACCUUUAUCACAAACAAAACGUGGUUGGGGUUCUAUUGAAGCAACACAAUUAUUAAUGAAUAAUUUAAUUUAUAUUACGGGAAUUUUUUCAAAUGAUCAUCCAUCAGAUAUAGGUAUUAUUUGGAAGGUACUUGCUAAAUCUUAUCCAAAUAAUUUAAAUAUUAUAAUUCAUUAUCUUUUUAUGAUGAUUGUUAUUUCUUCUGAAACUAUGAUACCAAUUGCAAAAUAUAUUGUAAAUUGUCUUAUAAAUGAAAUGGAAAAAGAAACAAUAUUUUUAUUAAUAUCUCAAUUAAAAAUUAUGACUGAUCAAUUUGGAAUAGAUUUAGUUAGAAGUGAUAUUUCUCCAUAUUAUCGUUGGAAUAAUUGUAAAGAUGAAAAUAAUAAGGAUGAAGAAAAAAAAGAAUCAUCAGAAGGAUUAGGAAGUUUAGAUGAUAAUAAUACAGAUAAUAUAAAAAUUCGUGAUACUACAACAUGUAAUGAAGAUAAAUUUAAAACACCAAAUAUAGCUCCACAACAAAUACCUAUGCCUGCAUAUGGUGGUCAUUAUUGUCGUUUAGAUACUAUAUUUCCUCCAAUAACUCAUCCAAUAACACCAUACUCAAGAAGUAAUUUAGCAUUAAUUCUUUUAUCAGAUAUAAUAACAUACUGUAAAAAUGAUAAUAUUCCAAGUACAAUUAAUUGGGAUGAAUAUAUAGCAAUAAUACUUCAUACUUGUUUUAUGGGUUUAGAUUCACCAAGAACAUAUGUUUGUAGAUAUUCAAAAAAAACAAUAAUAAAUAUUUGUCUUAUGUAUUGUAAAUUUAAUGAUGAUUUAUCUAAAUGUUCAACAAUAUUAGCUCAAAAUAUGUUUGCUAGUAAUAGAGAUGAUGUAUUAGAUUAUUUCAAUUCUACUUAUAACACUUCAAAUAUUUAUCAACAAAAUGUUAAUGAUAGUUCUGAUAGUCAAUUUAUUGAAAAAAGUCUUGAUAGUAGUGGGAUUGAUCAAAAAGUUUUACCAUCAGCUUAUGUAAAUGCACGAAAAUUUAGAGAAUAUAAAGAAUUACUUUUUAAUAAUAAUGCAAUAUUUCAAUCAAAUUCAAAUCUUCUUCAAGGAAUUAUUCAUAUACUAUCAUAUAAAAUUGAUAAAGCUUUAUGGAUAUAUGAUGAUAAAGUUCUUACUAGUUGGACAUUAGAAUGUAAUCUUCAAAUAGGAUGUUUUGCUAGACAUAUAAUUGAGUACUUGUUACCUUCAAUACCUACUUUAGCUGUUAAGUGGACUGAAUAUGCUAUGAAUCUUAGUUUAAAUACAACUGUAAGAUUUAUUUAUGCACGAUCUUUACAAUUAGCUGCAGCAUUAUGUCAAAGCCCUUCUAGAUGGAUACCAUUAGUUUUAUCAAAAUUAGCUGAAGUUUGUGGUGAGUAUCAUGAUGAAUAUCAAUGUUAUGGUAGUCAUUUAUUAAACUAUAUAUUUUCUACAACAACAUAUCUUAAUUUAACAUUUGCACCAUUCUUUGAAACAGAUAAAUUGACAUCUCUUACUUCAUCAUCUACUAUUGGACAUUCAAGAUCAAUUAGUUUUACACCAGCUUUAAUGAAAACUGUUUAUAGAAUAUCAACAACAAGUUUAACACCUAAAAAAGUUUCUUCUUUUUCAAGUAAUAGACAUUCAAUGUUAAUGGAAAGUGAAAUAAAAUUUAAUGAUUUACCUGAUAAAGGAAGUAUUAAAACAUCUAGUAAAGCUAGUAUUGUAUCACCAAAUGAUGGAUCAAUUCAAAGAAGUAAAAGUGCUACAAAUUUAAAUUUAAUUGAAAAUUGUGUAGAAGAAAAUGAAUUAAAUGGUCUUUGUCAAAUAUUUCUUAUAGGUAUUUCAUUAUUAGAAUCAACAAUAGAAAAUGAAUUGUUAUUAGGAAUUCAAUUAAUUGAUAAAGUUUUUGAAUUUUCUGGUUCAGAAGUUAAUGAUGUAAUAGAACAAUGUUCAAAAACAGUUAAACAACUUGAAUGGAAUAACUUUUAUGGGAUAGUUUAUAUGUUAACAAAAGGAUGUCUUUAUCAUAAUAGUUAUGAAAUAACAAUUAAUGUUUUAAUUAAAUGUGUAGAUUAUUUAGAUAAUUAUUUAAUUAAUAAUUGUGAUAAGGAAAAUGCAAUUUCAUUAAUUAUGGCGACUAUCAUGCCUUUAUGUUUACAUUAUUUUGAAAAACCUACUGAUAAUUGUAUUAAUGCUACCAAAAAAUUGUCAAUUUUUUGUGAUCAUCUCAUUCCACAAAAUAUGAAUAAUGAUCCAGAAUAUAAUGUAGAAGAUCAUCCUCUUCAUAAUUUAUCUAUGAUGCUUCGUCAAUAUGCAGAUUGUUCUUUUACCCGUGAUCGUCAACAAUGGGCAAAAUGUGUUAUAAGUUAUAUGAUUGAAGCAUUUAAACCAAAUAUAACACAAUUGAUAACAUUUAUUUCUGAAAUGUUAGAUAAAGCAUCACAUCCAUUACCACAACAUCUCCUUUAUAUAAUAUAUCUUUUAAUAACACAAGGAGAUAUGAAAGAUGCCUCACCAGUUGCUUUGAAUGGCCAAGUUAUAAGAAUUGUUUACAAAUAUAUUCAGGGAAAUUAUUCAAAAGAUGCUUCAAAAGUUUUAAAAUGUAUUGUGGAUCAAUGGAAUAUGAUAAGUAUCAGACAUUUGAAAGAUGAUGAGUCUAUCAACAAUUCUCAUAGAUUACAAUUUGAUUUAGAGUUCACUAAAUCAUUUGAUGAUAAUAAUGAUGAAGAAUCAGGUGUAACUGAAAAAGGACAAGUAACUAGAAAAAGUACUAAUUUAUUUAGUACAAUAAGUUUUGUUGAUGCUUUAAAACCAUUAUCAAAUACAAAUAUUAAUAAAACACGUGAAAAAUUAAUAUCACUUUUAACGGCAUCAGGUUUACAAGCAAGAAUACCAAAAAGUAAUUCUGUUGUUAUUUCACAAUCAUCAAAUGAUUUAUUUAAUCAAACAAUUGAUAAUCAACAACAAAAUACUAAAAAUAGUAAUACAUUACAAAGUAAUUCUAAUGGUGGUACAACAACAAGUGUUAAUCCUUCUAAUCAAAGUCUUCAACCAACUAAUUCUGUUUAUAGUUCAAGUGAUAGAAUAUCACAUCAAGAUGAAUUAGAAGCAUUAUCAGGAAGUUCAUUAGUUGCAACUGGUACCUGUGUUCACCAACCAUCAUCUAUUAAUAGUGAUACAUAUCCAAGAGUUUUUAAAGAAUUUGACUUUUUAGAAGCUGAACAUGAUAGUAUAUCUGAAUCAACUGAUAGUUGUUUUAAUUGGCUUUCAACAAUGAGACCAAGAAGUAUUAGUAAUUUUGAUGUUAAUGAUGAAGAAGGUUUAGCUGAUAUAGAUGAUAAUGAUGAUUUUAUGUUAACUAAUAAUGGUGAUGCUGAUGAUGAAGAUGAAUUUUGUAAUACCUCACCACCAUCUUUAAAAGCCAUUAAAAGACGAAGAUUUGAUACAAAAAGUUCUGGAAGAAUAUCACAAUCAUCUAAAGAUAGUGAUAGUAUACAUGAUAAAACUUGUCAUAGUGUUGAUUCAUCACAAGAUAGUAGUUUUCAUAAAAGAAGAAUUUCAAUGGGAAGUGAAGGUAAUGCUAUUGAUUCAGAUAAAACACCUAUUCAAUCAACACACCAUUCAGAGGACUCUUCAGGAGAAAUGUCUAAUGUUGAAGAAUUAGAAGAUGAUGAAAUAAUUUUUAACAAUCAAACUAAAGAAGAAAUAGAUGAGUUGACUAAUGUUAGUUCAAAAUCACAAAAAAGUAAUCGACCACCAUCAAGUAUUUGUGAUAAUAUUUCAACAUCAGCAACAAAUCAAAUUCAUGGUAAUGAUUCUUUAUAUUUAAGAUUAAAUGAAUCAUCAAAUAUUAGAGGUCCAAGAUCAGAAACUUCAACAUCAAAUUAUAAUUAUUCACUUUUAACUCCAACAAAACCACCAAUGUAUUUGGAGUGUAAUCAUCAUAUUUCAGGACAGGUAGAACAAAUAUGGUUAAAUUGUGUUAUUGAUGUUCCAUCUGAUCAUGAUGGUGAAAUAACAUCACAUGCUGUUAUGUUAUUUUCACAAUUAUUCCGUGAAUGUUGUGUUAAAUUAAGUGGUUUAAUUAGAGAUGCUUCUCAUUUUCUUACAAUGGCUUCAUCCACAAGUUUAACUUCUUCACACAAUGUUUCAGGACAUUUUUCACAUGCUUUAGAUGUCCUUCUUAAAAUAGCUGAUUGUCCAAUACUAUUUAUAACACCACAAUAUCUUCGUGGAUCAGAUAUAUUUCAGAAACAAAAAUUUUCUCUUUAUGAAUUAAAAGAACAUUAUGAAACUUUUGUUGAAAGACAGGAACAAUGUAUUCGUGCAUUAAAUGCAGUAAAAUCGUCAUUAAAAUUGUUAUUAAUUAACGGUAAUUCAUCUGAAGGUUCAUUAUCUCAAAUCUCCCAUGAUACAGCUUUAAUAUGUAGUCAAGAACUUGAACUUUGUAGAUCUUUACAUAAAUUGUUCUUUCAAUUAUUAUUAUUAAGUGAAAAAUUACAUGAAAUGGUUAAUUUGGUUUCAAAUUCAGAAAAUUCACAGCAAUAUGACCUUUCCCCGGCUGUCCUUUCAUUACACAGAGAUCUCCUAAAAACGGUAGCUGAUUUUUCACCAACAGAUUUGAGGUUAUCAAAACAUACUUUAACAAAUAAUUUACCAUCAUCAUCAUCCUCCGUCAAUAAUAUGAUUACAGAAAGACUCUCUGACAGUUUGGUAUUACAAUUAACAAAUAAAAAUUACAAAAAUGCAUUGGUUAUGUUGAGACAAUUAAGACAACAAAAUGGUUCUGAAUUUGGUUGUUGUGAUCAUAUGGAUGUUGAAGUUCUUUUAAUACACUUUUGUCGUAGUCAAAUGUUAAGAACAUGGGCAAUUGUUGGAUCAUUAGAGUCUUUAAUAAUUAAUUGUAAUCAGUUAAAAGACACAAAUAUGCAGUUGUCAGGACUUGUUCAACAAUUAACUAAUGAGUUACACUCUUUACGGUCAUCAAGAGUCUCCAGUAUUGGUGGAGCUUUAUCAUCAACCUCCUCAAAUAUUCGUUGUUCAUCAUCAAAGAAGACAACACCCAAAUAA